GGACGGACAUAUAGUCCUUUUAGGAUAUAUUUAGUUUAGUUAACUGCCUAAUAAUUGCUAGGAUUUUCGCUUAUGGUAGGCCUAUAUUCUAAAGAAGUCUUUAGAAUUCAUUAGAAUGAAAUGAGGAAAUGGAGGCGUGUCAAUUCGAAUAAACUGUGAAGAAAUACACCUCUGUGUCAUUUACUUCCAGGAAAACUGAGUUGCGUCAACGACCGAUACGAGUCUGAUUACUCUUAGACUUGCGGUUAUGUCUUAUAAUUUAGGUUAAAGGUAGAUCGCUGGGGUUUUUUUAACCGAAGAAUAAGUCUUAUCUAUUUGUUAAUUCGGUUUCUUAAAUUUCGUGGAUUUUUAUUUGAAAAGGCAUGAUGUUGGCUUUUUGUGGUUCACUGACAGUCCUGAUCGUUUUGGUCACAGAGGUUUCCACACUGGUUCCACCUCCAGAAAAAGUGACAGUGAGCUGCAACAACUUUCAGACAACUGUUUAUUGGAACUACAGUGAACUGCUUUAUCAACCUGACUUCAAAUUGAACAUAAGUGGUGAUUACGGAUGGCAGGAGAAUUUCACUAAACAGCAUCAUUAUGACCUCUCCCCCUUGAUGUGGAACGCAAAAGAAUUGGAUCGCUACUUUGUGACGAUAACAGCCAUUGGUGAAACGGAGGAAUCAGCAUCUCAGAAGUCCUCGAUAUUCACAUUUAAUAGACAAAUGACAGCUAAAAUCCACUGCAAGUUGGAUUUCCCUGCCGUAAAUGUGUCAAUGAAGGAUAUGGAGGUCACAGUGAGCUUCGACAACCCUUACCACCUGUACACAGAACUGAGAGAGUCUCGUAUGGGAGGAGAUGACAAAACCUUCUCUUACCAAGUAACCUAUGAAAAUACUAAUCACCUAUUUUGCAAGAUAGAAGACAAAGUCUGUCGUUAUACCUUCACAGUCCUGGAGAACAAGGAGCAGUACUGUGUUAGUCUGGAAGGGGAUGCAAUGGGCCGAAGAGUUAUGUUCAACAGAACUGGACCCAUCUGUGGCCAUGAAGACAAAACAAUUUCACUGGAAUCAAUUUUGCUCAUGCUUUUGCCAUUGAUCAUCAUUGGCAUUGUGGCCUUUGUAGUCUUUGUGACAAUAAGGCUCUGCAAGAGAAGCAUGCGGAAAAUAACCUUGUCCAAUUUUCCAAAGACUUUGGCUUCAAUCCUAUCAAACCCACAUGCCAACAAUAUAAUGUACCUGCAAUGCGAGAUCAUAGCGUACAUCAGUGGCAUAGAACCAGCUACCACCACAUCCCAGAGCCUGUUGGAGACUUCAGAAGAGGAGGAACCGGUUGAGAGUGCGACCACUUGCGUUGGAUCUUCGGCUUACCUUCAAUACCCCAUUAGUUCUGGGCAGGUGGGAGAGGGCUUAUCGGACAGCAGAAGCCAAUUACGGACUGAGCUUCUGGAGUUGACACAGCCAUGUUCUGUGCUGCUGUGUGGAGAUGACUCUGUGGAAUCAGACUCAAGGAUAUUUGAGGUGGAGGACAUGGACUCUGGCUAUGACAAACCACACAUCCCUCUACAAGAGGUGGAGGUGGAGAUGAGUGUAGGAGAUGUAGUGGUAGGCUAUGGCCCCGUCUGAGCACCUCUGACCUCAGGCAUGUAAAACACACCUUUCACAGGCCUGAGCACCUCUGACCUCAGGCCUGUAAAACCCACCUUUCACUGGAUGGAUUAAGAACAAUUACUUUUUACUUCACAGAACGGGUUUAUCUAGGUACACUGAUACACUGUCGUGCCUCACUGGUUUUCAAUCAUGUCUUCAGUGAUCAAGUUAACAGGAGUAUGCAUCAAAUCAAAUCGGUCACGUACACAUACUUAAAUGUUAUCGUGGGUGUAGACAAAUGCUUAUGAAUCAUGGACUCAGGGAACAGUCAGUGACACAUGCUGAAAGCCUCCAAGAUGGCAGGCAGUUAAACACCUGUACCACCCCUAACACCUGAGCCAUUUGACAACAAUGGGGAUUUCUGACAACAUUGGCCAACCUGUAAUACUGGAUUUUCGACCAGCUUUAUUUACAUUGGUAACCACUGGUUUACUCAUUUAUGAAAAGAUGACUUUGUGGAUCAACAGCUCUAAAGAUUUAGCACUGUAGAAUAAAUUUUGUUUGCCCCUGGACACAAUACACCAAAUACUAUGUAUCCAAACUAACCGACUGGGCUGUGAGAUGCAAGGAAAAUAUCACCCACGACAUUGGCCAUCCACUGAAAUUGCAUAAUUUCUUCGAAUGUUGACCAUCCAAAACGGGAGUAUAUCGCUGCUACAAGACAAUCUGUUUUGGUAAAAGCUUCAGGCCAACUGCCAUUAACCUAGUUAGAUAAUGAUUGACACUUUGUGUAUUGUUAUUUCCUUUAUUAUUGGAUUUCCUGUUGUUGUAUUUCUAUGUUUUUAUGGAGAUCUAUCACCAGUCCUAAUCUGUGGUCUGAAAUAAACUUCAGUAAACUUUAUUCAGGCUGUAAAAGCCUAUUGGGUUGUUGGGCAUUUAAAUAUAAUUGAAUAACCAAAUGAAUGUCACACACUACUCCAAAUCAAACAUAAGACUCAGUAUUUAAUAAAGAUAUCCAAGGACUUUUACAAUAUUUCGAUUCUCUGUAAUUAUUCUCAACGAAAAAACCCCAGGAAGAAUCUUUAGCUUUAUUGUAUAAGGUAAGAAUGGUAAGUGAACUGCACUCUAAUGAUUGACAAGAUACCGUCAGAACAGUUGAUCAAUAAA